GAGAUUGUAUGUCGGAUCGAAACAAAACUGUCAAAAAAAGUGAAAACGAAAAGAAAAACGGAAAAUGGUUGGAUAGGCCAGGUCCAGCGAUGAAGACGCUUAUUGAAUAAUAAUAACAAGUCGUCGAUGCAGUCAAAACUAGGCAAAGGUGUUUACAACCAUCAGAUUUUGUGUAAUAAUGUCAAGUGUACGAGAAAAUUCAACCAUGAUAAUAAAUAAAAAUCAGCUGAUAAUUAUUUCUUCUCUUUUAACGUAUGUUUACUGGUGAUGUGGUUGUCAGUUCAUACCAUGAGUGCCUAAGAGGCAAAUAAAAUUAUGGCAAGGGACGGCGACUUGCCUACAAUAUUCAAUCCAAAGCGGGUGCGCGCUCCAUCUGUGAUAAUAACUAGUGAAGAGGCUGUGGAGAAUGACCGCAGUGCUGGAGACAGCGAUAGGGACCGCCCAAAUGGACCGCCGACUCCGCUCAGCCCUAGGGCUCCUCUAACGCCUCAAGCUUCGAUUUGCUCAGCUCCUCCUUUGACGACGCAGCCGUCGCUGCAGCAGGCUUACAGUGAGUCUGCGGCUAGUAGUCAAGAUGAAGAGAGGCAGUUACGGGACAAGAAAUGUCCCAGGUCUUGUUGCUCAAGAUUUGCUAAGAAGAUUUACUAUGGUAUUUGUGUGACAGCUGUCUUAACAGUGUCAUGGGUGACCGCAACUCAUUGCAUCAAACACAUGUACCUACAAAACUAUCCGCUGAAUAGUUAUGGAGUCAUUCCUAGCAUGGAGCCUCCUUAUGUUGUUUUCAACAAUUAUACUACUAAGAUUCCCAGCCAUAACCAAUACAAUGCCCCAUUCUUCACCGCCUGGUUUUGUACAAACUGGCUUAUAUUUUUCUAUCCGCUGUACCUGAUAGUGAUGUUGAUACACAACAAAUGCAAGACUCCCAAUGAUAUCGUGUUUGACGCAUUCAGUGACUUUAGGGAGAAAGGAUUCACAUUUGCCCGCUUCAUAAGUCGGUGCGGCCUGUUCUGCCUGCUGUGGGUAGUGACCAUCUACAUGUACACAUACUCGCUGAAGAUCCUACUGUCAACUGAUGUGGUCACGCUGUUCGCGACUAACGUCUACUGCGUGUACUUGCUGUCUUGGGUGAUACUGCACGAGCAGUUUGUUGGAGUCAGGAUCGUGGCGGCCAUUUUGUGCGACACGGGCAUUGCCCUCCUAGCCUAUAUGGACGGCAUCACCGGCAGCUCUACGCUGGGCGGGGUGGUGCUCGCCGCAUGUGCUGCGGCCGGAUUCGCCAUCUUCAAGGUGCUGUUCAGAAAGGUGAUGGGCGAGAUGAAUACAGGUCAGAAAGCCCUAUUCUUCUCUAUCCUGGGCGUGGUCAGCGCUUCUCUCCUCUGGCCCGUCUGCCUGGCGCUGUACCUCACCGGAUCGGAAAUGAUUCCCUCGCACCGAAUGCCGUGGGUGCAUCUGAUGGUGACCAGUGUUUCUUUACUGGUGUUCCACCUGGUGUUCCAGUUUGGCAACAUAAUAACAUACAAUAUAUUUGUAUCGCUCGCUCUUAUCACGGCGGUCCCUGUGUCGGCAGCUCUAGACGUAGUUCUGUACGACGCUCAGUUCGAAGGCAUGAAGUUGGCUGGGGUGAUACUGAUUACCAUCGGGUUCUUCCUCGUCAUGUUCCCGGAUAACUGGCCAGACUAUAUCAUGAGGCUUUUGAGAUGGAGCCGCCGUCGCCAACGCGGCAACAACGGCUCGGGCCGCAGUCGAGACGCGAUGGACUACCGCACCGGAUACAUCCGUUCGCACUUGCGCUCGCCGUCUGGCCGGGUGCGGUGACCGCCCGAGCCGGACGACGACCCGCAACUGGCGCCCGCGGACACAUCGUGCAUGUGAGGCGGCGGUGGGGGUGGGGAUGACGGUUUCGGGCCGCUAACAAUUUUUUUUUUCACAUGAGGGAUUCCAAAUUUGGCAAAAAUCUUGUUGCGUAAUGGAUAGAAGUAUGCGGAAGGUCUACAGCUUUCUUUUUAUUAAAUGUUCUGAAUUUAAAUUCGUAUGGAUCCUUAUGUAUGUGGACGGCCUUAGAGCGACCAUGAAAGCACCAAGGAGAAUGGGACCCUAAUUAUUUGUUAUCUUCGUCGACUCUAGUAACUAAACUUCUUAGGAACUUUUUGUGUUUCUAGCCUGUGGUUGGAGUAAAAUGGACUUAGUUGUCACCUAGUCAACGUGUAGAUCGUAUUAGUAUCUUAAGAAUACCGUCGAGUCCACCUUGUAAUGUUAAUCUAUGUCUAGUCUAGCAUGUGAUAGUGGUGUGGUGCGAUUUAUUAGGCCAGUCUUAUGUUUUUUUUUAUUUAUGUACAAAAAAAGGAAAAAAAUCUUAUAGUAAAUUUAUAUUAUUAUUUUUUUUUUAUUUAAAAGAAUGUAUUAAAUCUUAACCUUGUAGUUAUUUUUUUAAAGAAAGUGACCUAUUUGUUUAGGAAAUAUGAUGAAUAUGUUUUUCGAUAUUUAUUUAAGUCAUUCACUCAAUAUGUACUUUACUGCAAUUACUAAAUUAUGAACAAAUUAUUAAGAAAUCUAGUUUCUAUAGUCUAUGACCGCUCAAAAAUUAUACUAAUCUAAUUACUUGCAAUAUAUAACUGAUGAAAUUAUGCUCACUGUGACUGCCUUAUUAUCAAAACAUGUAUAGGUUCCUCAUUUUGAUGAAUAAUUUAGUACAUUGAAUUAUCUCAGGAAAUAGUAUAAUACGAAUUAAAAAAUAAAAAAUAAACGGUAAUUGCACCUCUUCCAUUCUAUUAAAUUGAUGUUGUGAUCCUCACUGAGUCGAAUAGAGUAGGUUAGAAAUCAAAUCUAGAAAUGGCAAGCGUAUGACAAAAACUGGCUUUUUAUAAAAUCGAAAUUUAAGAACAAAAAAUGUUACAGUCCCGAUUUUAUCAGGCCAUCACUGAUAAGUAUAUUUUAAAUUUUUUUAUUGUAUAAUAAUAAAUAUACAAAAAACCUAAAUGUUUUAAAUAUUAUUAACACUUUUUUUUGUUGAUUUGUAUAAAAAUUGUUAAGUUUCUUUAUUUAUGUUUGUAUAGGAUGUAAAUUACAUAUGUAUAUCCAUUUCUGCAUUCAGAUUUAGACGCAAACUUACAUUAAUUGCAAUUUUACUGUCACAAGUAAUAAUUGAAUCCUAAAAUCUAGUCAAAGUCUUUAGUCAGGUUAAAAGUAGUGAUGUAAGUACACUGUCUUUAUAUUAGUUUGUCUAUGUUUUUGUUAAGUAAGCUGAUUUUAUUUUUUUGAUAAUGUUAAAAGUGUAUACAGGCUGUAAGGGUAAUUCAAAAACAAUGUAAAAUGAUACGUAUGGAUGUUGUUUUAUAGAUAUGUUUUCGGUGUGGGAUUUUUUUUUAUUAGCAUAACACAAAUAAACGAACGCCAGAACGAUGAUUACUAAAAUUUGUUAGUAGAUGGUAGAAAUAAGUCUCUGAAACCUUAUAAACUGGUUGUAUGUUAGAAAUAGCUUGGUAGUUGUUGGUCAAAAAUCGAUACAUUUUUAUUUGGAACCGUGUAUUUUUCGUAAGGCGGCAUUUGUUUCAUCCCCUCUCGAAAGCUAGUUUCGUGUGACCACGCGAUUGCGUGUCGCACGGAAUUCAAUCUGUUUAACGAUCUAUAAGUGGGUGCGUGGCGUCUUAACAGAACCUAUUUUAGAUCAACAUCACCUUGUAAUAAAGAGAAUUAAUCAAAUCUAUGAAUAGCUCACAAAAUCAUUAUUAGGAUAUAGAGAUUAAAGACGCGUAGUAAUUAAUAAUAAAAAUAUGAAAAUUGUAACUCAUGAUAUAGAUUGCCACGGAAGUGUUAACAAUAUGACAGUCAAGCUCUCCUUUUAAGAAUUGGCUUUCAGUUCGUUAUUUUCUAUGCUCCAUAAUUUUACAUUAAUUGAUCUAUAUGACAACAGGAUGGCACGAUGAUUAUGGUGUAAGUGCGAAAGGGAUAGACGUAUGUAAUAUACACCUGUCACAGAUGAAGCUAACAUCUGCAAAUUAUGAUUGAGAUAAUUUAAUUUCUAUUUCUAUUUCUAUUAAAAUAAUUAUUUCAGUGUUAUAAAUUGUUUUAUAUUGUUAUAUUUUAUUUGGUUAAGUUGAUAUUUAAUUAUAGUAUCUAAUAUAAAUAUAUAACCUUUGUAAGCAUGAAACCGCCCCAAAUGUAGAUGUUAACAUUGAAUCGACUAGCAUGUAGAUUGGUCACAUGAUGUUAGUGUAGAAUUGUUACUUCAAAAGAUGGCAAUAUUUUGUAACCAAACUUAAGAUCGAAUAUCUAUCGGUUUACUGUCUUUCUUAAAAUUAAACAAACUUUUUCAUAAAUACGCGAUUCCUGGAUGAAGAGACAAUAAGUAAAAUCAUCUUGAAAUCUGUCUAAAAAAUGUUUUGUUGAAACAAUAUUAUCUUGAAAAAUUUAACCUUAUGGUGUAGAUUCUAAACAUAGUAUAGUUGCUUUAAAAAAACACCUCAGAUUGUAGAUUAAUACACAAAAUGCGAUCUGAUAUUUCUCUGCUAUUCUAUACUUUGAUAAGUAAUCACUAAAGCUUACUUAUGAUACUAAAUUUCGUCCCAUAUAAAACGACAGUACAGUCAACGACAAAAGUGGACUUUAUUUUUGUUGGCUUACGGCAAAAUUAGUUACUUUUAACAUUUUAAAUAACUUUUCAGAGGACGUAGAUCAUCUCACCGAUAUCUCUAGGUAAAUCUUGUUGUUUACGAGAACAUUUUUCACGAAGUCCGGGGUAGUGGGGAAACAAAUCAGAAACCAUAUCUUUUAUGUUUGAAGGACACAACCAUAUCACAAGAAGCGCUAUAACUUGCUAUUCUUACUACUUCACUUUUGUCGUUGACAGUACAAAUAAAUUUAAAUGACUGAUUGAAUGUAAUUAAAUGUUGUUAACCAUUGUUUUGAAUGGUUCAUUUGUUACGUGCCUCGACGAGGCUUAUAGGUUUGUUGUAAUUGUUAUAAGUUUGUUUAUUCCCUACAAUAACUAAGUAUAUACUAUCCGCUUGAGGUCAGUCGCGUAUUUUGCUUUAUCUUUUAAUUGAUAUAUUAUAGCCAAAUUUUAUACCACCACCAGCAGCAGCACCAGCUUUUGUUUAUUACUAACUCAUGCAAAUGUAUAAAAUUUUAAUUGUAUAUGUAAUAACUUUAAAAUUUCGAAAAAUUAAAUAAAUCACUUUUGUAUCUGCCUUCGUAGCAUGACACGCGCAACGCCAUUUUUUGUCGCGCGUAAAACUAUCGCUGUCCCGUGUAGCUUCAUAAUAAAAAGCGAUAGUUUAUUGCGCGAUGAAAACGGUUUAGCGCGUGCUGUGCAACGGGGGCUGGUGUCGCCUGUGUUUCAAGUUAUCUAAAAGUUUAACAAACCAGAAACUGAAUUUAACUUAUGAAAAACAAGCAAAAUUGGCUAUUAUACCAAGGUCGGAGUGGGAAGACCUAGACGAACGUAUCUUGAUCAAAUUAAGGACGUCCUGGUAAAGGGUCAGGUCAAAAGUACCCGAAACCGCCGAGCUUGUAUGAAGAGAGUUAUGAAUGUGGACGAAGCGAAAGAAGUAUGCAGAGAUCGUGGCAAGUGGAAAGAGGUAGUCUCUGCCUACCCCUCCGGGAAAGAGGCGUGAUUUUAUGUAUGUAUGUAUUAUGUAUACCAAGGGGCUUAUACAGGUUUUAUGUAAAAGAUGAUCCUCUGGCAUAUUGAUCUUUGAAGUUACCAAUUUUCUUGAUAUGUUCUGUUUCUUGUAAAGUCUGAAAGCUACAUUAAGCGAAUUGCGAUUGUAAGCAAAUUUACGCUUAUAGUCCCAGAGUUAGAGAUUUCAUUAAUCUGAUAAUGACUGAUUAUUUCGAUAUAACACAAGUGAUGCCAAAUAAGUUAACUCGUUUUUUGGAAACAAUUUAAAAACAUAUGAAAGCUACACAAUACUCAACUGAUAUAGUUUGCUGUAGUUAAGUGAGCCGGGUAGCAGACCAUGUGGGUAUUUGUCAAUAUAAUGUUCAUCAUUUAUACAUAUACAUUAUGUAACAAAAAUCCUGUCCGAUCCUCGAAAGUCAUGAUGAGAAGCUUGUGUAAGUUCUAUUCGUUGAUUUCUCGAUAGUGGACAAGUACAAAAAUUUUCUUUUGGAAUUGGCAACACUUUGUCGUUCGAUUGUCAGCAGACGCAACCGCCGAGACAAUGUUUUCACUUUAUUUAAAUUAUAAAUACUGCGGGAAUUGAUAAGAAAACUAUUUUUUUUUUUAUUAUUGUGAAAUGUAGUUUACGACAUUUCCUUAGGUUUUUUUUUAAUUUUGUCACUUGGGUAUGCCCGUUUCGGUCGGACAGGAUGUGUUACCUAUUGUAUAUUAAGUAUUAUUUACAAAUACGUAAUGUUGUAUGUUAGGAAUUAGCUCAAUUUAUCUGUUGUGAUCGAAGUUUUACUAAGACUACACUUUAUGUAUACAUGGAUGAAUUUCUUUUGAUGAUCUCAAUGCGAAGUAAAUACAAAUAAUGAAUUUAAAUAUCGAUCUCAGAUGAUGAUAAAAUGUUGUACGCUGGACGUCGUCCGCCAGUCUUUAUUGCUCGUUUUAAUUGUAAAAUUUUAAAGACUGAAUUAAAAGGAAAUUGAUUAAAAUUCAAUUACGCUGUCAUUGGUGUUUAGUCAUUAGUUGAUAUUGGAAGUAUUUAUAUUAACGUGGUAGUGAAUAAUAGGGUCGUUUUUAUCGGUGUUAGAUUUUAGAACGAUUCAUUAUUGGCGCUGAUAAUUUUUGAUUGUUUGAAUUUCGACCAAGAAUGUGCACACGGCUUAGGAGAUACCUGAGCCACCUCCCAUACAUCAAUUAAGGCGAGGAGGCAACUUUCUCCGGGGCCCGCCGUAAUAUUUUUUAUCAGUUGUUGCAGAUAUUUCACUGCUAGGUAGGUACCUUAUUUUGUAGCUAAGUGUUUUAAAUUUAUUCGUUUUUUAAAAUUUAUAAUCUUUUUGUAACAUUUUAUCAAGGGAUUAAAAAUUGUCAGCUCCUAUUUUAUACGUUAGGACACGAGUUAGAAGCAACGUAAUAUAAAGCGAGUAGCAAACACGAGAUAACACCUUGGCCCCUGUGAUUCAUAUGUUAACCGUAGCGUACU